AAUAAUCCAUGCGCAAGUAACAACAUUCGAAGCGCGAGGAGAGACCGAGAGGGAGAUUGACAGAUUGUUGAGAGAGAGAGAGAGAGAGAGAGAGAUCUGAUAAUGUCGUGGGUGUGGUUGGAAGCAACGCUACCGCUGGGAAUCAUAGCAGGGAUGCUGUGUGUGAUGGGUAAUGCUCAGUAUUACAUCCACAAAGCCGCUCACGGCCGGCCGAAGCACAUCGGCAACGACGUGUGGGACGUGGCCAUGGAAAGGAGGGACAAGAAGCUCAUCGAGAAGCUCUCUGCUGCUCAUAAUUAAAAGAUAAUGAAAAAAGGAAGCUUUGCCAAUGAACUCUUGAAGAAGGAAUAAACUGCCAGCAAUGCUGAAGAGCCUCAGGAGCAACUCCAUCUUGUGUUAGUUUUUGGUUGUAUGCAAAGUUGCAUAAGCUUUGAACCGUGUAUGAAAAAUACUCUAUUCUCCACUGAAUUUCCUUGGUCUGUUGACUCUUUGAAUUUCAUUUGUGUGAGCUUUGUUGAACAUGUACCCUAACCUCUGUUUCUGUUGUGCCCGGAAAUAUUAAGGGCUUCAAUAAAAUCUUAAGGACGCGGUAAUCGGUA